GGCGGGGCCGCGGGCUCCGGCGCUCCGCAGCAGCCGGGGACCAUGCACUGGUUUAGUUUGCUCGUAGUUGCUGAAGUAAAAGAAGCCUCUAUCCUCCCCAUGCUAAUUGUUGACAUGGAAAACAAGGAAAAUGGCUCUCUGGAUGUCAAAAAUUCAGUAGAGAACGGGAGACCUCCAGAUCCUGCUGACUGGGCUGUUACUGAUGUUGUGAAUUAUUUCAGAACAGCUGGAUUUGAAGAACAAGCCAGUGCUUUUCAAGAACAGGAAAUUGAUGGCAAAUCAUUACUGUUGAUGACAAGAAAUGAUGUACUGACUGGACUUUCAUUAAAACUGGGGCCUGCGCUGAAAAUCUAUGAAUAUCACGUAAAACCUCUACAGACACAACAUCUAAAGAACAACUCUUUGUAGCGAAUUGUCUCAUUGGGGUCAUGUUGUACCUCAAAGGAAAAAUAAGCAAUUUGGUUUCAUGUGAUGGAACUUUGUAAAGAGGGAAUAUAUCUAUUAAGAGUUUAAACCAAAUUACAAUAUAUAUCCUAUUGGAUAGAGUUGGCAAUAUACUAUAUACUGAGUCUGAACUGAGAGAGGUGGUGUGUAUUUUUUACAUAGUACAUAAUGAUUUUCUCUUUUAGGAAGUGUCAGUCAGCAUGUUGAGAUAGCUACAUCACUGUAUCCAGAACAAAAGGGAGGUAUGUCAUUCUCAUUUUUGAGCCAGACAAGUUCUUGAUUUCAUUAAUUGAAAUACAAAAAAAAAAAUAAAACCAACCCCAAAUAAAGUUUACAGGCAUCUUUAGGAGAGAGAAACCAGUUAAAGUAGGUUUUGGUUUACACUGAAGACCUAUUAAAAUUAUUCCUACUUUUAAUUUUAGGAUGGGACUGACACUUGCCAAGUCACCCUUUUUUGCAGAGGGUCCUAUUUUGACCUUAUUAAGGUUUACUCGUGGUAUGCUGCAAUGUUUAAAGCUGUACAUACAACUAACAUAACUCCUUCGAUAGCAGAAGGUGUUGCUGACAGGUGAAACUGGGUUGUGUAUUUUUUGCUGUUCUUUAAAUUUUCAACUUGUUUUCACCUGUUUUUAAUAGUAGUCCAAUGUAAAAUAUAGUUGGUUUUUAAAGGUUUGUGUUCCUUUGCAAACAACAACAACAAAAGCUUAAUUUUAUUUCUUUUUUAAUUUAUGAUUGUUUUCUAACAUUAUGCAGAAAUUUGUAAAAAGUAAAAUUCUGCACAUUUUUAAUACUGUCUGUCUUUGGUGUUGUAAUGAUUGGGGUUUUUUAAUGCUUUACUUAACAGUUAGAAUACUUGUUUUAAGAACUGAAAGAAGCUGUCUCAUCACCAUACAUCUCUGUUAAAAGAGAGUCUUGUUCAAUCUGUUUGUACCAGUUCCCUAUUUGAUAGGUUGCUUGCUAUAUCCCAAUAAAACAUUGCUUAUGUUUGGAUUC